UUAUCCCAUUAACUUCAAUGUCCACAAAAAUGGCUACACGCUUCACUCUCUCUUCUUCCACUUUCCUUUCUCCUUUAAAACCCUUUUCUCCUGUUACCAAAAUUCCCUCUUUCCACUUGAAAAAACCUUUCUUUAUAACCUCCUCUUCUCUCCAAUCAUCUGCAACAGCACCACCACAAUCACUAGAGAUUUUUUGGCAGUGGCUGAGUGAUCAAGGUGUUGUAUCAGGCAAGUCCCCUGCUAAGCCUGGUGUUGUUAAAGAAGGCCUCGGCCUGAUAGCAGAAAGAGACAUUGCAAGAAAUGAGGUUGUUUUGGAGAUACCGAAGAAGCUCUGGAUAAACCCGGAUGCAGUUGCAGCUUCUGAUAUUGGGAAUGUAUGUAGUGGACUAAAGCCUUGGAUAUCUGUGGCUCUUUUCUUGAUCAGAGAGAAGUUGAAGAAGGAAGGUUCUACAUGGUGGCCUUAUUUGGAUAUACUUCCUGAUACCACUAAUUCCACUAUAUAUUGGUCAGAAGAGGAGCUUGCUGAGCUUCAAGGAACCCAACUGCUGCGCACAACACUGGGUGUAAAAGAAUAUAUGCAGCGUGAAUUUGCUAAAGUAGAAGAAGAAAUCCUACUACCUCAUAAGGAGCUCUUUCCUUCCCCUAUCACAUUGGAUGACUUCUUGUGGGCAUUUGGGAUACUGAGAUCAAGGGCAUUUUCACGUCUUCGUGGGCAAAAUCUUGUUUUGAUUCCCCUUGCGGACUUGAUCAACCAUAGCCCUGACAUUACAACAGAAGAUUAUGCAUAUGAGAUUAAAGGAGGAGGUCUCUUCUCCAGAGAGCUUCUGUUUUCUCUGCGGUCACCUAUUUCAGUCAAGUCUGGUGAGCAGGUUCUGAUCCAAUACGAUUUAAAUAAAAGCAAUGCCGAGUUGGCUCUGGACUAUGGCUUCAUAGAAAAAACGCCUGACCGUAACACCUAUACCUUGACUCUUCAAAUCUCUGAGUCAGACCCAUUCUUCGGAGACAAGCUCGACAUUGCUGAAACAAAUGGUUCAGGUGAGACUGCAGAUUUUGACAUUGUCUUAGGCAAUCCUCUUCCACCAGCAAUGCUUCCAUAUUUACGGCUGGUAGCACUUGGGGGUACCGAUGCUUUCCUCUUAGAAUCUAUAUUCAGAAACACCAUCUGGGGCCACCUUGAAUUGCCAAUCAGUCGUGCCAAUGAGGAACUCAUAUGCCGAGUGGUCCGAGAUGCUUGUAAAUCUGCUCUUUCAGGAUAUCAUACUACUAUUGAAGAGGAUGAAAAACUAGAAGCAGCAGAUCUUAAUCCGAGGCUUGAGAUUGCAGUGGGAAUAAGAGCAGGGGAAAAAAAGGUUCUGCAGCAAAUUAAUGAUGUAUUCAAGCAAAGGGAAUCAGAACUGGAUGAGUUUGAAUACUACCAAGAAAGGAGGCUUAAGGAACUUGGUCUGGUUGGGGAGCAAGGUGAGAUUAUCUUCUGGGAGUCCAAAUAGAGAAUACAUCGCUUGAAGAGAGGUCAGGCAAACACCCAAUAAACACCUUCAAUCAUGUACUAAGGAGUUUUGUAUCAUUAGUACCACAAGUGAUUUAUUUUCUUCUACCCCUGAUUUUUCUCUGUUGUCACUACAUCAAGAUCCAGGUUGCGAUUAGGUUGAGCAAAAUGUUCAUGUAAGCAGCUCUGUGACAGGGGUCAUAUUACAGGAAAUAUGUUGGCAUUCUCAUGCUCAUGCCUCUUGAGUUUUUUUUUAUAAUUUGAGUGAUCCUUUGAUGCAAA